UCAUGAGAGAGUGACGAGCCGUCUGCCAGCUGAUGAGUGAUAUGAGUCCUCCUUGCGACGACUCCCGUAUGCUCGAGCUGUUUCUAGACACUUAGCACCCGACGACAGGACACGACAGAUUCUGAUGAGGGUGAGUAUAAAUGAGGAACUCUCGGAUAGUGAAUACAAGGAACUUGUCGAGGAUGUCAUAGGAGAGCAGAGGUUAGGAGCGCUGAGAGAAGUAACAACACAAGGUUGGAUGGUGUAUGAGGUGACUCUGUGCGUGAAGGGAAGAGUGUGCUUAGAGAUAGUUCGAGACGAGACACCCACGAAAGCUCGGAAGAAGGAUGGACAGAGGAUUGAAGGAGAGGAAGUCAUACUUUCGCCGCGCAAGCGCGGAGCCCGAAAGCUUACCAUGAAGAGCACCUUAGACGAUAUCGAUACAGUGGAGCCUCUCAGACACGCGCUCAGGCAACCAAUGCAGUGCACUAUACUAGAGUAUCUGGCGGCUUCGAGACCCGCGCGAGAUGAGUUACAGAUGACCACGUGCAAGACGUGCAUUCCCCUGGGAGACGAAGUCCAUAUGGCUUCCAAACCAGAGGUACCCUCUUUGGCAGUAUCAGGAGUGUGCGCAAAGGCAGAACGCGCGGCGACGGUGUACUUGGAUGGAAUGGAAGGCGUGCCUCCUGACAAGUUUUACAUUUUAGGGAGUAGGACAGUGGAGACUAUUCUCAAUGACGAGAUAGUUCUUCAUGGGGUGAUUGACAAUGGCAGCGAAGCUGUCAUCAUAGAAGAGGAACUCGCUGUGCGAUUAGGGAUGGACCUUGACAGGUCUUACCUGUUCGAAAUAGAGGCAGUCGAUGGAAGAAAGCAGAAGAUCUUUGGAGUCUGUCACAAGACGGUCAUUGAGGUCGAAGGGUUGCGCGUGCUGAUGCCUGUUUUCACGGUCAGGGACUGCAGUUCGGAGUUACUAGUAGGGCGGACGUGGUUGAGCCAUUUUCAUGCGGUUACUAUAGAGCGACCGGACAGAAGCCAGAUGCUUUCUAUUAAUCGUCCGGAUGGUGGACGGAUUAUGAUAGAGACAUUCGAGCCUCGUAAUGCGAGGAACAAAGCGGCCCUAGCAGCUGGUGGCGGCCGCAAGCCGGUCACGCUCGUGAGUUGCUCGUUGCGAUUCCGUGAGAAGAAGUAUGGGGCAUUGCUCACAAAAGAAGAAGGACGCAUAGUGGAAGUCGAGGACUUAGGUAAUCACGUCCUUGUGGGAGAAAACCCCUACCCAAAGCGUGAAGACAAGGAAUUUGAAGGAUCAGGAAUGCCUCUGCGAGUGAUCUGUGAUCCGGAAGAGAAGCAGUCCAUAGUAGCGGAACUACAUGACGGUGUGGUCGGUGGACAUAGAGGAGUGAAAGGGACAUAUGAGAAGGUCCGCAAACUAUACUGGUGGGAAGGUCAGUACAAGGACGUUGAAAAGCAUUGUAUGACCUGUGAGGAGUAUAAGAAGAAAUCGUUUGUGAGAUAUAAGGAGCCACUUCAUCCGUCCUAUCUUACUUGAUCGGGCGAGAAGGUGCACAUCGAUCUAGUUAAGAUGCCAAAGGGCGUAGGAAAUAUGAAUUAUGUCGUGAACAUUAGAGAUGACUUCACUGGGUUUGUCGAUGGAAAGCCUAUCAGAACAAAGGCGGCAAAGGAAG